UGCACGAGUUCGCCAUUUUCCGCUCUGUCAUUCGAGACGUCGGUUGGCUGAGCCUGCGCGGGCACCGGAGACCCAGGAGAGUCACCGGGCGCUCCGAGACCGACCGACCAUGGGCUUGGUAUUAUUUGAGGACGUAGCCGUGCACUUCACCCGGCGGGAGUGGCAGGAGCUGGAUGCGGCCCAGAGGACCCUCUAUAGGGAUGUGAUGCUGGAGAACUACAGCAAUCUGCUGUUCCUGGAGCCCCGCAUGGCCAAGCCUAAGCUGAUCUUCAACUUGGAACGCGGCCAUGGGCCAUGGAGCCUAGCGGAAGCUUCAGUGCCGAGCUUCGCGGGUGUUCAUAAAGUGAGUGCCCUGAUUGACACCAGCAAGGAAAAUCCUAAGAUACAUCUGGGGCCACUUGAAAUAACUAACCAAAAGAUACCAAAUGAAGACAUGAUUGAAGCAAAACUGAAAACUCCACAGAAAGUCUACAAAGGGACAAGAGCAUGUCAUGGUAGAGCUCCUGCCAAAACAUUUCACCAGAAGUUAAGGGAAAACAAGAACCAGAUACUGUACAGAGAAGAGAACCUCUAUGAAUGUAAGGAAUGUGGGAGAACUUUCUCUAAUAACUCAACCCUCAUCAAGCAUCGCAGAAGAACUCAUAAUGUACAGAACCGCUUUGAAUGUACUGAAUGUGGUAAAAUGUACCAUUGGAAGUCAGACCUCACUGAUCAUCAGAAAAUGCAUAGUCAAGAGAGGAUCUAUGAAUGUAAAGAAUGUGAGAAAGCUUUCUUUCGUAGGUCUCAUCUCAAUGCACAUAAAAUAAUUCAUACAGGUGAGAAGCCUUAUAAAUGUACAGAAUGCAAGAAAGCUUUCAAUUACAAGUCAGACCUUACUCGACAUAAAAAAACUCAUUUGGGUGAAAAGCCUUUUAAAUGUGAAGAGUGCAUGAAAGGUUUUUCCCGAAAGUCAAAGCUCGCUAUACAUCAGAGAACUCAUUCUGGUGAGAAGCCUUAUGAAUGUACAGAAUGCCCGAAAACUUUCUCCCAUAAGUCACAACUUACUGCACAUAGGAUAACUCAUUCAUCUGAGAAUUUUUAUGAAUGUAAAGAGUGUAAUAAAUCUUUCCACUGGAAGUGUCAACUCACAGCACAUCAGAAAAGGCACACAGGAAAAAACUUCAUGAAUACAGAACGCAGGAAAACCUGCCACAAGUCAGAAGUCACUGGACAUCAGAGAACUCAGAUCGCUGAAAAGCCCUAUGGAUAUGAGGAAUUCGGGGAAGAAGGAUUUCAAGUAUUUACAGAAGAAUUCUACACUAAGUCAGACCUUACUGUACAUCAGGGAAAUUCAUAAUUGAGAAGCUUUACAGAAUGUAGGAAGGUUUUCCAGUGCAAAUCUGACCUCAUUCAUCAUCAGAGAUCCACAGAAACGAGAAGCCACCGUGAAGAAUGGUGCUCAAAGUUAGCCCUAGCAACAGAGAAGAGCAUGUGAAGAGAAGCAGGGAGGCUGUCUUGACAGAACCUGCCUGACUCACCUGCCAGCAGACUCCACAAAGAGCUCUUGCUUUCUUUUAUUCUUUGGUUUCUCUGUGUAGCCUGGCUGUCCUAGAACUUGCUCUUUAGAUCAGGCUGGCCUCUAACUCAGAGAUCCACCUGCCUCCGUGCUGGGACUAAAGAUGUGUUAUCAGUAGCUUGGGGUGGGGGGGGUCAUCCCCCAGCUACCACCAGGGUUAUGCAAGAAAAUGCACAAAUGCAAAAUGCAAUGAAAGCUUAGGAAAGAUUCUCUCUCUGCAAAUAUUUCUGUCUCCACAGUUAUAUCUCUUUACAUACAGCUGUAUUUUCUACACACACACACACAGCCCCUUCUCUCUGAAAAAUCUCUCUUGCUCUCUCUCCUGCCUACCUAUUCAUGUUCUCUCCUCAGGUCUUUCUGCGCACACACACACACACACACACACACACACUCACUCACUCACUGUCCAGGUCUUUCCACGGUUCCCUCACAUAGCUCUUCCUUCAUGGCAGCAGCUCUUUCACCCAGCUCUGCACAGCCGUCUCUCCCCACACCACAGCUGCUGCCCCACAGCCAAACUCUGGACAAUUAUAAGUUACAUUUUUCAAGGCCAUACCCUUUCUCAGAACAAGAUAAGUCACGUAGUCUCUCUUGGGCUAGUGAUGUCACAUUGACCCAUGCACGUAGCUCUAAGUUGGUGAGGGGUCCCCGACAGUAAACAGUUGGCUGAACCUUGAGCCGUCAGGGUACGUGCGGACAGAGAGCUGCUGCAGGGAGCCCUAUCUCAGUGUAAACAGUCUGGCCUUGAUUGAGCAAUAAACAACACCCGGGGAUUAGUGUUGGUGUCUGUUCUGUAGGGACAGCUUUGUUUUGAUUUGUUCUGAUCAGCCUAAAAUUAGCUGUCUUUGAGACUGAAAAUGCUGUUACUUUCCUGUGUCAGUAAAGAAGAAUAUUCUGGUGUUAUUUCUAUACAUCAGAAUUAUACAGCUUAAACAGAAAUCCACAACUAAAUGUGUGCCCCAAGAUGUAAUAUUUUCUUGAGACACGCAGUGGGAAAACACCCAUAGCUGUUUUUAGGAAAGAAAUGUAGUAGCACAUGAGAAAAAUAACAGACAGGAGCCGCAGGUCAGUAACAGUAACUCCACGGCUUUGGCAAGUGGGGCUCCCCACCAGGGAGUUAUGUCUGGUGGGUGGACUUGUCAAGCACUAGUUGUCACCUGCUGUAUACUCCCGUAGCCUUUGGCAGUGUGUACCCCUACUGCCUGGAUAGAGUUCUCUUUGACAAGUCAGCAUCCCUGCGAACACCUGUUCCCCCAGUUCUGACAGUAGUGGAGACGGGGAUCACUUGAACUUGCUGACUUCUAGCCUAGCUGAGAAUGAGUCCCAGGAACAGGUGGAGAGUGGUGGAAGUGGACCCUCAAUACCCACUCUGGCUUCUGUGUGUGAGUUUAGGUGCACAUUAAACACGUGUAAACAAGAAAGGAAAGCAAAGGAGGCUGGUGAAUGGGUCACUGUGUAAAUUGUUUAUCACCAAUCCGAUGACUCAGGUUUGAUCCCUAGAACCUGCACUGUUGGAUGGACAGCUGCAAGUUGUCCCACAGGUACACAAAUGGGUUAAGAACAGGUGGCGUGGGUGCCUACACAAAGUAGAGGUGGGGAGCAGCUUGCUGCAGGUGCCGCCCCCCCCCCCGUUAUUCAUCCGAGAGUCAAGCUAAGGAACACCCUAUAAAUCUAGUAAUUAAGAAACAGCAGCGUUUCAGAUAAGCCCUCGGGAAUGGCUCAGUGGUGGUGUCUACUGCGCCUGUGCAUUGCUGAUCUUUUAUAUUCAGUUUUUCCAGGUUGUCUGCACUGUCAACGUUUAUGCUCUUGAAUCUGUUUGAAAAACAAACAAGCCAUUAACCGUGUGAAAAAUUGCAACAAAUUGAUGCUUUAUUGCACUCUGUGAAGUCAAUCUCCAUGUCUGUCUUCUUGCCUUUUUUCCAUCCGUAUGUGGACAAGGUUAUCAUCAGCUCCUAGUUGCCUUACGAGCUUGGCUGUGCAACAAACCCCUUUCACUUUGAAUCUCAGUUUGGGUUUGUCAGCCAGUUCUGCACAGUUAUUUGGGGAUUUAUCCUGACUUUUAUACCUCACUUCAACUGAUCAUUUCAUCCCUAUUCACAUUUAUUCUAAGAGCUUUAUGUCCUGACAGUCUUACAGCAAAUGUGAAUGGUGAUGAACUAUCUGCUCAGAUGUCUAAACAUUACCUGCCUGAGGACAUGUAGAGAAUAGUGAACUUUCUGUCUGUGGGGCAUAGCUACCAAAGUACUAAGUGUCCUUGACUGGCUGGAGACGAUGGUGGCAGUUUUGGAACCGCCCUCCCUUCCUCCCCGCUGCAGACAGCUCCACUGGCCCUGACGGGUUUAGACGCCAGAAAGUUGCCUUCAGCUUGUGCCUAUAUACACACUGAGAGGGCCAGGGAGCCAGACCGAGCCGUGCGUGACAGGUUUCUAACAGCCCAGCCAGGAACCAGGCUUUAGGGAACUGGCUGGAGCUGAGCAAGUAGCUCUUGGGAAAACCACAAUUUAGGGGCAACCAACCAACAGGUGCCCGUCCCCCAGCCUCCUGCCAGCUCAGCAAACCCCCAAACCCCGUCUGCUGGCACAGCAAAUGUCCCCCAGACUUCUGCUAGCUAAAGGUAGCUUUCCCUAAUCUCGUGUCAACAAGCCCCUAGACAUUAGCCCCCCACCACUAAAUACUAGAGCCACCUACCAGUCAACCCCCAGACUAAUCUUUCCUCCACCAGUCAGCACCAGAUCAAUCCCUUCCCUCGAAUUCCCCUAACUGACCUCCCUUUGGGGUCGCUAUUUGCCACCCCAACAUACUGGAAAAAAUGCUCUUGCUAAAUUGCAUAUGUGACUGCUGGUCUUGGAGGCUUCUCUCAGAUCCCAACACAAAUAAAAGCUUAAAAUUCAUUCCUAUUAAUUUGCCUCCAGUGAACUCAACUAGUACUUACAGUUUCUGCUUAUAGGAUUAUCUGUCAGGGAUAAUAUACAUAGUCUUUUUUUAAUAUCUGAUCACAGUAUCUGAUUGUACUGUGGCGAUUUGAAUGAGAUUGGCCCUCAUAGGCUCACGUUUAAAAACGUCCCCAUUUGGUGGAACUGUUGGGGGAGGAUCAGGAGGUGUGGCCUUACUGGAGUGGGUGUGUCACUCAGGUGGGCUUUGAGGCGGAGCUAACCUCAGCUCCUGGUGGGUCAGUGUGAGUUCUCGGCUGUUGCUGAUGCCAUGCCUUGGCUCUGCCAUCUUGGACUCUAACUCUGAAAUUAUAAAACUAAAUAAACACUCUAUUUUUUUAUAA